AUGCCAAGCACGGAGGCUGGCGUGGGGCCUCUUGCAGAGGCCUACGACAGCGCCUUGCGCGUGCAGAAGGUGCGGAAGAUGCUGCAGGACUACUGUUCCGAGCUCGUGGAGAGCAAUGCCACGGUGGGAACUGACGUCUUCAUCCGCAAUCUGCAGUGCUCUGGGGUCAUCAAGGGCGGCAAGCAUUGGGAGCCAGAGUUUUCCCUGCAAGAAGUGGCCCAGGAGUCCGGCAUCUGUUCGAUGACCGUCUCCAAUCCGAGCCAACCGAUCCUGGACGAGCUCAUCUCGGCUCACAUCGCAUCAGGUGCCGUGCAGGAGGAUGGCGUGGAGGCGAACUUAUCCCUCCCAGGCUCACGGGGGUCGCCGCGACAUCGCACCCACAGUGACCGGCAGUUGUCGAAAGUCACCAGCGACCGGAACCUGCCGCCUGCUCCGCCAGCGACUUGUGAGCCUUUCGAGAAGUACAGCUUCUUUGCGCAGCUAGGCCGAGAUGUGCAGGAAAUGAGCGUGGGAUAUCCAGCACUCUUUCUGUCUUACUGGGUGAAAAACUCCCUGUAA